CGCCACCGUGGCGCUGGAGACCGCAGUUAAAAGGGCUACUCCAUUUGGGCGCCGUUGUGCCGUAGGCUGCCUGGCAGGAGGACGGCUUAGCCAAGCUGUUUCUCACAAGACCCUAACACCGGAAGCCCACUCUUACAGUGUUCGGGUGUUUACAGAAGAUUAUUUGAAAACUUGAUUUGGAAUCAAAGAGCAUGGAUCUCAGCAGUGACUACCAUUUCCUCAAUCAGAUUUUGUGGAGGAGAGUGAAACUCACUUUGGUUUCUGGCAUCUUUGAAGGCGUGCUCCAGCAUGUGGACCCUACUAAAAUUGUUGUCCUGAAGAAAGUGAAGAAUGUGGAGACAGGCCAGAAUAUCCCAGGAGUGAAAAUGUUUUUUGGGUAUGAGAUUGUGAAUGUGGAACCCCUGGAUGAGGUGGAACAAGCAUCUGUGAGAGAAAAAACAUCUUCUGUUAGUCUAAAUACAGAACAAGCCAGGAUGGAUAAAAUGAAAGAUGAAGACCUAACUGAAUGUGAGCCUGCUUUACCUGCCCCUAAAGCACCAGUUCCCUCUCUGCUGAAUGACUUCAAGUACAGUUCAUUGGAUUUUAAAGAAAAUCACCAGAAGAUGCUCCAUAUCAAGAAACAGAGUGUCCUGAGUGUGGCUGCAGAAGGAGCUAAUGUGUGUCGCCAUGGGAAACUGUGUUGGCUUCAGGUGGCCACAAAUAGCCGAGUUUACUUAUUUGACAUUCUCCUUCUGGGAAGUCGAGCUUUCAACAAUGGACUUCAGAUGAUACUAGAAGACAAAAGAAUUUUAAAGGUUAUCCAUGAUUGUCGAUGGCUUUCUGAUUGCCUCUUUCAUCAAUAUGGGAUUAUGCUGAACAAUGUCUUUGACACACAGGUAGCAGAUGUCUUUCAAUUUUCCAUGGAAACUGGUGGCUUUCUUCCAAACUGCAUCAGUACUUUACAGGAAAGUUUAAUAAGACACCUUAAUGUAGCCCCUAAAUAUCUCUCCUUUCUAGAAGACAGACAAAAACUGAUUCAGGAAAAUCCAGAAGUGUGGUUCACACGACCUCUUCCACCCUCUUUAUUGAAAAUGUUGGCCCUGGAAGCGACCUACUUGCUCCCUCUUCGCACUGCACUCCUGGAUGAGAUGAUGUCUGACCUCACCACGAUGGUGGGUAGCUACCUAAACACCUGCCGAGAAGGCUCUGCAGAUGAGCUUGUAGGCACAGAGCCUACAUGUAUGGAGCUGCCAGAAGAACUGUUUCAACUCAAAGAUUUCCAGAAGCAGCGCAGAGAAAGAGCUGUGAAAGAAUACAGGAUGAAUGCACAAGGACUCUUAAUAAGGACUGUGCUAGGUCCAAAGAAAUCAGAGAUACCAACAGCAGGAAAGCGGGAAAAAGUCAGAGGCUCUUUGUCUUGUAAAGAUUCUAGGGAAGAGAAGCCUCCAAGUCUGACAUCCCAUGAAUUUCAUGAGGAUGGCAAGUUUUCGAAAGGAGAAUUUAAAACAAUAGUAACAUCUCAGUGUCUACCUCCUAUAAAAAAGAGAGAAGCCAGUGAGAAUUCCAAUAACAGACUUAUUUCCCCUGAGUCGAAAGGAUCAGAAGAUAGAAUAACUCAAAAGGAAUACUUUAUGUUGCCCGAGUAUGAGUUUCAGGCAAGUUUUUCUCUGAAAGAAGAGCAAGAACAAUUGAUUCUCAAAGAUAAGGAAUAUUUGUUGUCCACAAAACCAGAUGUUUCAAUAUCUCCUUCUUCUCUUCAGGAAACCAGAGUGUCACCAAAUUUUACAUUCCAUUCUUUCAAAGAAGCUGGGAUUUCCACACUCCCUCCCUGUCCAGCCUUGGAGAAGGUCGACUGGUGGAUAAAUCCACCUAUAAAUCUGCGUUAGGGGGUGCAGUAUGUUUGAGGCCAUGUGGGGGCCUCCUUUCCUCUGUCAUCCAGGGCUUACUACAUGCUUAAAUUUCUCUUGUUGUGAGUGUAGUUAGGCCUCAGUCACAAGUCUCAGGGAAAAUUACAAUCUCUUGCUCCUACAUUACUCUUAAUAUGGGUUAGGAUGAAAAUUAAUACACUAAUAAGGGAAGAAGUAAAAUUUCUGAUUAUGUCACAGUGCAGAAAUGUUUCGAGUGGCCAGAGUAAAUUAUAUCUCAUAAUUUGGAUUUAGAGGUUUUUGAGGAGGGAAACAUCUUGGUGUCAGAGAGAAUCUAUAAUUUUAAAUUCGUUUUGAUUUUGGCUUUUAGUUUAGCUUGAAGAGAAUCGUAAGACUCUUAGUUACCCCUAAGUUUAAAAAAAGUGUAUCAUUAAUGUUACUAAUAAUUUUUUUCUUAAAAUAUUAACUUUGUGCUUGGAUUUUGAAUGUUUUCAAAUUCAAAAUCAUAGAAAAACAAUAAUGUUACAGGAAUCAUCUCAUUGAAAUUUAUUUCAUUUAGGGCUUUUUGGGGGCUCCACUUCACCAGCAAAACAAGGACUCUGGGCUUCUUUUUAGUUAUCAUUAUGUAACCUUGAGAACGACUUUCAUCAUAUUGGCCUGGACUUGGUGUGUGUUCUUAUGAUAAGAGCUGCGGAGGCACACACCUAUAAUCCCAGCACUCGGAAGCUCAGAGAAGACGCUCGAGCCCAGACUGGGAAAAUUAGCAAGAACUGUCUCAAAGAAUAAAAGAAAGGAUCGGGGAUAUAGCUCAGUGUGAAGGCCCUGGAUUCAGUCCACAAUACUGUACCCUUUCCCUCCACAUAGUCAGGUUGUGUUGAGCCUUUUUCGUAAUGUAUACAAAUCGCUCACAUUCUUUUGUGUAAAAUAACCAA